AUGUCAGAAGCACAAGAUAUCGUGGCAGUAUGGUCAGUGCCACUUCAGGAUCGUGUACACAAAAUUGAAUUCGAGCACGGCACGACGAGUGGGAAAAGAGUUAUCCGAGUCGACGGAGAAGAAAUCUUGAGGAAAGACUGGAUGUUUAAGCUCGUUGGAAAAGUUCUGUUUACGAUUGGCAAAUUCAAAUGUGCCAUAAGCGUGGAAGCUUUAGGAACGUUUGCAUACGAGUAUACCCUGGAAGUGAACGGCAAAACUUAUGAGAAAUUUCGUGAAGAACUGAGCAGGAAGUUGCAGAGCUGGACAACAGUUCUGGAUGGAGAAGAUACACGUAUCUGCUUAGGUUCCACAAAACUUUCAUUAUUCAUAUUUUUUUAG